AUGCGCUUGUUGUUAUGCAAGAACUGGUUUACCUCGCCUGUCAUCACACCGCUUCUGUACACCCGUUGUCUAUCCUCAAUGACCACCGCUGCUAGCUUCCCCACUGCUCCCCAAACCCCGCCCAGCUGGUCGUUUACUCCCCACGACAUAAGCGGGAGGACCAAGGAAAUUAUAGACAAGAGUAAUAAGUUUUACGACUCCAUGAGCCAGGUGGAGAGUCCUGCUGUGACCAAUUUUGUGGAACCGUUUAUGAAGUUUGAAAAUGAGUUGGGCCCGAUCAUCAACCAGCUGACUUUCUUGCAGCAUGUGUCGUCCGACAAGGAGAUCAGAGAUGCGUCGGUGGACUCCUCGCUGAAAUUGGACGAGUUGAAUAUCGAUUUAUCGCUGCGCCAUGACGUUUUCUUGCAGUUCGCUCGCGUCUGGCAAGAUGCUCAAUCACAGGCGGACUCCAUCGAAAGGGAGACUUUCAAAUACAUUGAGAAGUCUUACAAGGACUACAUUCAUUCCGGUCUGGAACUGGAUGAGCCUGAUCGUUUGAAGAUCAAAGAGAUCAAAAAGAAAAUCUCUGUCAACUCCAUCAAUUUCUCCAAAAAUCUCGGUGAACAAAAGGAAUACAUUACCUUCACCAAAGAGCAACUGGAAGGCGUUCCCGACUCCAUCUUGACGCAGUUCGAAACAAUCGAAUCUGGCAGUGACACGUUGUAUAAAGUUACUUUUAAAUACCCGGAUAUUUUCCCUGUGAUGAAACUGGCAUCCUCUUCCCAGACCAGAAAGCAAGCAUUCUUGGCUGAUCAAAAUAAAGUCCCUGAAAAUGAGGCCAUACUAUUAGAUACUUUAAAACUGCGUGAUGAAGUGGCAUCUUUAUUGGGCUACGACACGUAUGCUAACUAUAACCUAUAUGAUAAAAUGGCCAAAGACAGCACUACUGUAAUGGAUUUUUUGAAUGAUUUGAAGAAAAAGCUAAUUCCACUGGGCGAAAAGGAGCUUCAAAUCUUGCAAGAUAUGAAGUCCAAGGACGUCAAGAAACGCGACCAGGACGAAGAUCCAAGCUACUACAUCUGGGACCACCGUUACUACGAUAAUAAAUAUUUGUUAGAGAACUUCAAUGUGGAUUUGGAGAAGAUUUCUGAGUAUUUCCCCCUGGAGACUACAAUUACUCGUAUGUUACAAAUUUAUGAAACUCUGUUCAACUUGAAAUUCAUCGAAACUAAAAACGCUCAAGAGAAAUCUGUCUGGCAUGAAGACGUUAAGCAAUUAGCCGUAUGGAAUAUGGACGACCCCAAGUCACCAAGGUUCAUUGGUUGGAUUUAUUUCGAUUUACAUCCUCGUGAUGGUAAGUAUGGUCACGCAGCAAACUUUGGUUUGUCCUCAUCAUUUAUGAUCAACGACACUACAAGGUCGUACCCAGUCACUGCAUUAGUCUGUAACUUUUCUAAAUCCACGAAGGAUAAACCUUCUUUGUUGAAACAUAACGAGAUCGUAACGUUUUUCCACGAAUUGGGUCACGGUAUUCAUGACCUAGUGGGCCAAAACAGGGAAUCUAGAUUCAAUGGUCCCGGAUCUGUUCCAUGGGAUUUUGUGGAAGCACCUUCUCAAAUGUUGGAAUUUUGGACCUGGAACAGAAAUGAAUUGGUGCAUCUAUCAUCGCAUUAUAAGACAGGCGAAAAAAUUCCAGAACAUUUGAUCGAUUCAUUGAUAAAGACCAAGCAUGUCAACGGUGCCUUAUUCACUUUAAGACAACUCCAUUUUGGGCUAUUUGAUAUGAAAGUGCACACUUGCAAAGACUUACAAAACUUAUCAAUUUGUGAUACCUGGAAUCAAUUAAGACAAGAUAUCUCUUUGAUGUCCAAUGGCGGUACUUUAUCCAAGGGUUAUGCUUCCUUCGGUCACAUCAUGUCCGACUCCUACUCUGCCGGAUAUUACGGUUACUUGUGGGCAGAGGUAUUUGCUACUGAUAUGUAUUAUACUAAAUUCGCCAAGGAUCCCCUAAACACAAAGAAUGGUAUACAAUACCGUGAUAUCGUGUUGGCCCGUGGUGGUCUUCGUGAUAUUAAUGAUAGUUUGAAAGAAUUUUUGGGUAGGGAACCUUCCAAGGAUGCCUUUUUAAAGGAAUUGGGAUUACAAAAUUAA